GCGGAAUAGGUCCGUCCGUAAAAUAUAAGUAACCACGUGCGAAUGGUACUUCCUGUUUACGAUUCAGACGUGCUUUGCAUCUUCCAGCCUCCCAUGACAAGAUCAGUCGAGUAUGGAGGCAACUCAUCUGGCAAGGCUACGACAAGAGCAAGAUAAAGCUAUAGAGGAGACAGAGAAUAAAAUAGCACAAUGGCAGCAGUACCAGUCAGACUAUGAAGCCCUACACCGGAGACUCAGGACUCUCCCAGACAAAGUGGAACAUGACGUCAUGGUGCCCUUUGGUUCCCUGGCCUUCAUGCCUGGCCGACUGGUCCACACUAAUGAGGUGAUGGUGCUGCUUGGAGACAACUGGUUUGUGGAGAGAUCGGCCAAACAAGCUGCAGAAAUUGUCUCCAGGAGGAUCAAAGCCGUGGAGGAGAACCUGGAGAAGUUGAGGGAGGAGAAGAGACUGUUGACACCACGCCAGGUGUUCACACAGGAGCUGGAGGACAUGGCUCAGGGCUCCUCAGACAUAAAGGAAAUUGUAGAAAAGUAUGAUUCUGACACAGAAAAAGAAUGGAGAGUGCAACAUAAGAAGAAUGUUCGAGUUUAUCGAGAAAAGUUGAAAAAGGACAAAUCUACACCAAAGCCUGAGAAGAAAGAUGAGCCAGUGAGUGAUGAGGCGUUGUGGGCGAGGUUGGACGAACUCGAGAAGCUAGAAGCAGAACAGCAUGAGUUUGACAAAAUGGACAACGAUGUGGAAGAGGCAGGUGUCACAACCAAAGGGAGACAACCUAGUCCUCCCCCAGCAGAGCAGCAGCGUCGGGUGUCGUGGGCAGAUGAAGCAAGGCAUGAUGGGAGUGACACGGAAAGUGACGAGGAGGAAGAGGAAGAGAGUACAUCGGCUAGUGACUACGACACUGACACGGAGGAGGAGAUGGCCCGGAAACAGAUGUCUCGCAUAACAUUUACUCAUUCUAGUCCACAGAAGUCUUCAUCCGAGGACAGAAAUACCUCCAACACAGAAGACAGCGGUGAGGUCCCCGAGAUUCAGAGUCCCAGUGAUAUCUAUAAACAAUUCCUAGAGACUCCGCAGCCAAAGUCAAUUUUAAAGAAGAAGAAGACCAAAGACAGAACAAUGCAGGAAAGAAAGGCAGCUGAGCUAGAGAGGGAGAAGGCAAAAGCCAAAGCUGCUGAAGACCUAAAGAACGCCUUCACUGGCACAGUGGUAGAAAACCCCACUCGUGGUGCCGGUACCGCGGAAACAUGCACAGCACCACCAACACGACCCGUGUCUAAGUUCCGUGCCCAGAGACAGCAGCAAGGUGGCGCCAAGAGGUAGCACACGGUCCAAGACAAUCGGUGAUGCUGUAACAUGGGAAUGUGAAAACGAACAGUGACAUGUCUCAGGUACAACUUGUUGCUGAUGAAUAACUCGUAAGAACGUGGUGAUUCUGUUCUUGAUGUGGUUGUCAGUUGUUCCUAUUGGAUGCUUGGACACUUCAAGAUGUUUCUUAAGGAUUGUUGAUAGAAGAUAACUCCCGAAACUGAACGUGUUAUAGCACUUUUGGGAAAGGAAUUUAUUUUACAAUUACUCAGUGACUAAUGAAAUACCAAGGACAUUCCCUUGUCCUUAAUUGUUGAACAAUUUGAAGAAGAUUGAAGAAGUUCUUUUCUUGAUACUGCUGUUGUUAUCAUUUAUAGUUAUUUUUUAAUUGAAUCGGAUGCCGCUGCUGGGGAUUCUGGGAUAGAAUUGGUCCCGCCACCUUUGAAACCAGCAUUUGUUUGAGAUUUUAUGCUGUAAUAGUUAUUACUAUGAUAACAUACAAAUGCCCAGUAUAUGAAAAAUGAAUAAAGGAAUGAAACAUAA